AUGUUACAAAAGUUAAAUAUUGGGUUUGAAAUUAGAUUGUGUUAUAAGAAUACUCUACUAAAUUAUAUAGAAUUUUGUAUAUUUUUGAUGAGAAAUAAAAAAUAUUUUGAGUAUUUUAUGAUUUCGAGCAUCGCUUACUGUGAAGUCUUAAAAACCCAGUUGUCCGGAGAAAUGGUAGAGUUGGAAAGGAUAAUGAAAUGGAAUUUAUAUAUAUUUGUAUUAAUUUCUGUCUUAAAGACUAUCAGAACUGUUAGGUUAUUAGGAGUGUUUGAAGUGUUAGUGACUUUUGCCUGGGAAUUUUAUCUAGAGACUAAUCUAUGA